AUGGAAAACAUCUUCUACUCGCCAGACUGUCUCCAGCCUACGACUUCAACCAGCUUCGAAGACGACGAUUCCCGCUGGCAGGCUGUGCAGGAGCGUGAUAUUCGUGCUGAUGGAAUGUUUGUUACUGCCGUGCGCAGCACCAAAGUCUACUGUCGACCGGUUUGCAAAUCAAGACACCCUCGCCGCUGCAAUGUGGUAUUCUUCGUAACGGGACAGCAAGCACAGAUUGCAGGUUUCCGCCCCUGCAAACGCUGUAAACCGCAACUCGAUGGCUGUAUGCCAGAAGACCCCGCCGUUCAGAAGAUUCGGGAACUAUUACAGGAAUGGGAGAGAGCGGCAGUCAGUAACACUGGCCCUAGCCAGUUGAGCCUGAGUCAGAUGGCGAAGCAGGCCAACGUUUCGAAAUGGUACUUUCAUAGAGUCUUUAAGAAGUUUGUUGGCGUGACUCCAGUCCAGUAUCUGAGGAUGUGUCGGAACACGGUACAGGGGCAAAAUCAGGAUAUGAACUGGCUGGACCAGCUAGCUGAUGGUCCAGUCGAUUGGCUGCAUCUGACGGAUAAGUUUGCGGAUACAGAGAAUCCAGCAACGGAAAACCCUUUCAAGAUCCCCGAUGAUGGCAGUCUAGCCGUCGGUGGGGAUUUUUAUUUCCAUAAUUAG